AUGCCGGUCGACUACAUCACGCUAAUAGGAUUCAGCCUUGGUGCUCACGUAGCCGGCAAUGCUGGAAAGUAUUUGAAAGGUAAAUUGGGUACCAUCAUAGCGUUGGAUCCAGCUGGACCAGCAUUCUCCGAUGGUCAAUCAGAUAUUUUGCACCAAAAUGACGCAGAAUAUGUAGAAGUGUUGCACACUAGCUCGUUCGCCGGUUUCAAUAAACCAUUGGGUGAUGCAGAUUUUUUUGCAAACCACGAUCAAUGGAGACAGCCUGGUUGUGCAAUAAUAUCAACCUGUUCCCAUAGUCGUGCUUACGAAUAUUUCGUGGAGUCGUUGAACAGUCCCACUGGAUUUUGGGCCAGUCCCCAGAACUCACGGUCUGGCCAGGAAGUGGCCAUGGGUGGUGAGCCGUCUAACAGAGGUCGUGGAGUACGAGGCAGUUACUUUUUUGAUACCCAUAGUGAACCGCCUUACGCAAAGGAAAAGCGUACGUCCGACAGCCGUAUGCUUCAGCUUGCGCCUCAAGAACGUAAAACUUUUGAUGUAGCUGUAUAUCUCAACUAG